ACACCGAUUGUGUGCGCGCCCGAUGACGUCAUGGCGACUGUCGUCAUCAGCAGCACUACCGAAGUGGACGCGAGAAGAGUUCGAUUCAUUCAAAGAGCUGAAAGAAUCCAACAUGGCAGGACGGGAACGCAAACAAACGGACACGGAUAAAGGGAUUGUGAUCCCGGAUGACUGGCCCGGUUACCCGCUGGCCCUGUUCACCUCACCCGAGCAUUACUGCGAGGACCUGGACUGCGUCUACAUCCCACACGGAGUCAUCAUGGACAGGACAGAGAGACUGGCCAGUAAUAUCAUGGAUGAUCUUGGCGAUCAUGACAUUGUGGUGCUGUGUGUGCUGAAGGGAGGUUAUCAGUUCUGCGCUGACCUGGUGGACUGCAUCAAAGUCCUGUGCCGACACUCCAACAAGACCCUUCCCAUGAGGGUGGACUUCAUCCGGCUCAAGAGCUACCUGAAUGACCAUUCAACUCAAGAUCUUCACAUAGAAGGAGCAGAGAACCUGUCUGUGCUGAGUGGAAAGAACGUCCUGAUUGUGGAGGCCAUUGUGGACACUGGAAAGACCAUGAAGACUCUGCUGGAUCACGUCCAAGCCUUCAGCCCUAAGAUGAUCAAAGUAGCUGGUUUGCUGGUGAAGCGGGUGCCCAGUGGGACAGGAUAUCUUCCAGACUAUGUUGGAUUUGAGAUCCCUAAUCGCUUUGUGGUCGGCUAUGCCUUGGAUUACAACGAAUACUUCAGAGAUCUCAACCACAUCUGUGUGAUCAGUGACCGAGGGAAACAGAAAUACAAGAUCUGAAGAAGAUGAUCUCACUCGGACAUGAGGAUCUGAGGACUGACUGGAGGAUGGAUGUGUCUUACUGGGUUACAACUGACUGAAUACCACAUGUUCCCUGUGCACACAGAAGUAAGCAGAAAUAGCUCAUCAAUAACAUACUACUGUCACUAUAAUACAUAUAUGUUAGUAUGUUAUUUAGUCAUUAAAGGGAUAGUUGAACAAA